AACUGACGCCUGCGUCGUAACAGGAAAGAACGAAAGCUAUAACGAUCGUAUUUCUCAAUCAGUUUGCCCCGGGAAUUCCAAGGUGAAAUGUACGCGGCAUUGCUUCUUUUCUACGCAGUCAAGCGAUCUGAGUCGAGCAUUAGAAGAAGAAAAAGACGCGACACCACUUUUAGGCGUAUAUAUAUUUUUUGUUCGCCCUCACUUCGUCAGCCGCACUCGGCGCGAUGGGUAAACGUAGGUCGAGACAUGCAUUUAUACGACUUGGAACAAACAGCGUGCGCGCUUUGGAUGCAAGAACGCUUCACACAACGGAAAGAGAGAGGGGGGAGCAUUUGCUGAGUGAACCGCUCGGCAGCCGCUACUCGCAUUACUCACUCGUGGACACCAAAGCAGGAUGAAGGCAUUCGGAGGAAAACGCCACACGCUGGGGGCACUUGUGGGUCUCCUGGCAUCGCUACUCUGGCUGCGUCAACCGUCGGAGGGCAACGUGGAUCCAGAUGCCGAAAGGAACGUGACGGAGAUAAUCGCCGACAAGGGCUACCUGGUGCAAGAGUACGUGCUGACCACGCGCGACGGGUACGUGCUGCCCCUGCAGAGGAUCCCUUACGGUCGAGACGAACUCCGGACGUCGUCCUCGUCGCCUCCCCGUCGCUUCCAGCCGCGGCCGCCAGUGAUACUCAUGCACGCACUUCUUUUCUCGUCCAGCGUGUGGGUGGUCAACGGGCCCGACCAGAGCUUGCCCUAUGUCUUGGCCGACGCCGGUUUUGACGUGUGGAUGGGUAACGUGAGGGGAAGCAGCCAGUCCAGACACGUAAACUACACUUGGUACCAGAAGGAGUUGUGGGAUUUCAGUUUUGAGGAGAUCAGCGAAUUCGACGUGCCGGACACAAUCGACUUCGUGCUAAACGUGACUGGUUACAACAAGACUCUCUUCGUCGGGCAUUCCAUGGGUGCCGCGACGCUGUUCGCAUUACUCUCCGAGAAGCCGGAGUUCAACAAUAAGAUAUUGCUGUUUGCGGCUAUGGCACCGGCGGUACGGUUCCACAACAUGAAGUCGCCAAUUGGUCCCAUCCUUCCCCUCAUGGACAAGUUUGCAGCUCUGGCGGCGCUGUUCGGCAGGUACGAUUUCCUAUACCACGACCGAAUGAUCGACUUCAUCGUGACAACGAUGUGCCGCUACCGGGUUUCCCGGGCCAUUUGUCCAUGGGUCAUUGAUUUUAUCAGCGGCCAGCAGACUCGACCAAUCAAUGCGACUCGCCUGCCCGUCUUUCUAAAGGAUACGCCUUCAGGGACGUCUUACAAGAAUAUGAUCCACAUAUCGCAGGUCUACGAGACGGGGCGUUUUGGAAAGUUCGACUACGGAGCGGACCGCAACAUAGAAGUGUAUGGGAUGGCGACGCCCCCGGAGUACGACUUGGGACGCGCAUCGGCGCCUGUGGCCCUGUUUUGGACUCAAGCGGACGCCCUGGUUUCGGCCGAGCACAUGACUACCCUGCGUGAGAAGCUGCCCAACCUGGUGCUCGACUUCCGGGUGGCGGACGAUCGCUUCAGCCACCAGGAGUUUGCCAUCGGCGUCACCGCCAAGGAAGCCGUGUACGAUGACUUGGUGGACGUGAUGAAGCGUUUCUCCGGACAGACUUAGGAACUGGCGUUCAGACGGCACAACGAGAACACUGGGAAGAGUGGAUUUGCUCAGACUAUUGCCGUUGUUACUUGAGGUUACUUACGUCUUCAUCAGUGGCCUAAGAUCGCAAUUGCUGUGAUAUAGUGACUAGCACGAACAACACUACGGAAAUAAAACUGAGACUGGACUGCGCAUUUAUUUGAGCAUACGCUGGCCUAUUUGCAUGUUUUUCUGAAUAAAGUUUGUCAGUAGAUGUCUAGCGCUCUGUCCGGUCCCACAUUUUCCCGUGGUCUUGUUCGUGCUAGUAACAGCAAAUACACCAACCCCAACAAGCCCAACUUUCUGCAUUAAUUAGAUCGCAAGCCCGUCAGUUUACGGGGGGCACUAAGAGAAUACCAAGUUUAUCUUUAAUGCUAAAUAAUUACCCUCCUGCAAUACAUUCAAUGCAACAUUUAUUGCGAGUGUAGGCUUGGAAAGCCAGAAAAGCGCGCAAAAAUGAAAGACGGAUGCCGACGUCCACUUCAAGUUCCCAAUCUACGACUUCAUAGAUUCUGACAGCCUGGUUAAUUUUUCCCGGUAAAAGGAGCUACGUUUGGUUCUAAUAGAACCAACUACUGAACUUGCCAAGUUUAAGGAAACUUUUACUGCGGCACAACAGCCCAAAUACUAGCUAUACGCUUUGACCAACGCGACGUUGCACUGACCUACCGGUGAGAAAUUGAAAGAAAAUGGAAGUUCGGCUAACAUUUUCUCUUACAGUGGUCAAAGUCUUACCGCAAUAUUGAGGAAAACUUAGCUUGCAAAGAAUACUUAUCAGUAAAAAUUCAUUUAAUGUAUCUCUUUAGUGUCCCUUUGAAGGAGAUAUUGGGCUCGUGGCCUACAAGCGCCACGCAAAAUUGAGCCCAAAUUGCUGUUAAAAAGAAUCUUUAGAGCGCAUGCAGUGGGCAUUCUUGGGCGGUAUUAGCGAAUGCGACACAUACCACUACAUUUAUCUCCUACGAAAAAAGAAUAUCUAGCUAAACAGAUGUGUUGUUAUUAGUGUUUUUAAUACUAUUAAAACACUAGUGUAGUGUUUUGCGUGUUAUGAACUAGUGUUGCAACAGAGUGCAUUAAUGAUUUGUUGACACUGUUUGUUUUAUUGUUACUUUUUAAUGAUCUUGUUAUCAUUAUGACUGACUCGUUAUAGAGUCAUUGUGUGGACAUUAGCUGCAAAGACACCACCGCCAAAGUCUUCCAGUUUAUCAGGCUAUCUAAACAAGAAGGUGGGAAGGCGUACAUUUAGCCUAAAUUGAAAGUGCAAGAGAACUUUCCUUAGAAUCAGGGACACAGGCAAGGGGAACAUUCCAGGAAAACUCAACCUCAAGCUUCACUUGCGGACGUGGCACUUACGAUGUCCCGGUAUGACUUCACAUGUUUCGCAAUCUUUUCAUAGAUGCGGACAAUUUGGGCACACGAAAAGUCUGCAGAAGUUCCGAUAUUGAGCGCUGCUUUGUUUCGAAAAAAAGAACUGAUUCUUUAUUGGGUAAACAUAAAUUAGCACGAACAUCUAGCAUUGGCCCAGUCUUUAACGCCGCCAGAGAGGUGCUCCUCGAAUUUCAAACUUGGCUUUCCCGCUGGUUUCUACUUCACAUUUGGCAUACUAAAGUGUUAGCUCUCAGCAGACGUCGCCUCUGUUAUUUGUUAAGUGCAAUAUGUUAGACUAGAUUGGCUUAUGAUGUUCUGCUUGAGCGUUUAACAGACAACACUAGAAACAGGCGUAUGAUUGGUAGUGUUCGUUAUAAAAUACAGAGAAAACGUACCUGUGUACACGCAGCUGCAUGUGUAGAUGAAAAACGCAAUGAUUAUAGAUUUGUACUGCACUGAGCUAAAGAACAGCGCUGUCGAAAACAAUAAAGAGUGCCACGUGGCAUGUUCCAAUCUGUC